CAUGCGCCACUUAUGAUCCAUAUAUUUCAUAAUGAUCCAACCUGCUGGGGUAGCCCGCUGUGUUGUCUUUAUCUGUAUGUGGUAAACCCAAAGGGUUGAUCUGGAGUUGAACGAAGCUGUAGCACUGUACAAUGUGCCUCUGUGCACAUCUGACAAAGGGGCUUUUGUAGCACACGGUCUGGUGUACCCACGGCUUGUAUUUCACCUCUGCUCCCUAGGGACAGCUAUGCAGUCAAGGACACGGGGAGAUCUGCAACUGGAGAACGAGUCGCGGGGCACACUCACGGGAGCAGGCUGUCUCCUUUCCCCCAAAGACUAGCAGCAGCCUCGGAGGACUCACCCACAGAGUUUGAGGGGUCUAUGGGAGUGUAUUUGCUAACGUUUUUGAGUGUUGGAAUCUUUUUAAAAAGAAUUCUCUACAACACCUUUAUGUCAUAGUAUAUAUAACCUAUAAUAAAUAACAAGCUUUUGGAGACUAGGCCUACCUCUACAAAUUACAGUAAUUUACAGUAGGCCUAGGCUAGAACUAAACGCCUAAUUCUGACAAGAGAUUAAAUAUCUGAAACCGUACUGCCAGACCAAAUGAAUCAUACGGCAUCGCACACCAUACACACAACCAUACUGUUCACUUGUUACAUUCAUAGCUCUUGGCUCAGUGUGUCUACCUCCUGACGUGGAAAAGAAGCACUACAAUAAUGUCAUCCAGCCACCGCUGUCGUUACUACACGUGCGCUGAAACGUGAGCAUUUCGUGAAGAUAUCGACGGAUAUCAGUGUGCGAACAGGAGGCUCUAUAAUGCACAGGGUCUCCAUAGUAACCUACACCUGCAACUGAAGAAAACAAACGAUCAUCUUUGCUUCAGUGCCGCAAAGCCUGCCCUGGAAAUCCAAGCAUGUCAAGUACACUGACCGCCUGCUGUACCAAUUACGGAGAAGAGCGGAUUUUUAAAGGACCGAGGAUAAAGUAUUUGCCGAACUAGGUUAAUUCUUGGUGGGUGUAGCUGGGCUUCGGAUUGGUCUGAUUAUAAUCUGCUAAUAUAAUCUUUGUUUGGCUAAUUCAUGGCUAGUUAACGUUAGCUAGCUGUCUCGCCGCGCUGCUUAGAAUUUACUGGUGCUGAUGUCAGGGAAUCGAGCCAGAAGAGGAAUGUUUCACUGACGCAACUUUGAAAAUGUAGCUGGGACUUGCAACAGCGUUAGAAUACUACAGAAAUACGAAUGUUUUAUCUCAAUUAACAGAGACCGUUAUCUUACGGGGAUUGCUCUCCUUUUGUUCCGACGUGUUAAGGUUUGCUUCAGGUUGAAAUGUAACGUUAGCGCAAGUUAUCCAUAACUAAACUGAUGUAACGUUAACGCCAAGGACCGCUAACGUGUUGGAUAAUUGGUUUGCUAACGUUAGUUUGUUAUUUGUGUUGCCCUCUUAGCUGAUGGGAAGUGAUAGUUUGAAUAGCCACCUUAAAACAUCAGCAAUAUUUUGCGUGUUUUAAUAAUGUUUCUUCAUUUAUCGUCGGUUUACCUAUCACGUUAACCUAGCUAUCAGUCAGGCCAGCUAGGACGAUUGCAAACAUGCUACCAGGCUCCAUCCAAAUAACGGGAGAGACUCUGUCUGGGGCCGAGGUGAAGGAUAUCUGCGACAGUCUCAAGGAAAACACCGUGCGACUGCUAUCUGUGAGAGGCUGUCAGUUUUCCGACCGGGACUUCGGGCGGGUGUGUCGCGGAGUGGCCGAGUCCCAUUCCCUGGCGCAGCUCAACCUCAACCUCGGCGUGGUGUCCAGCAUCACUCGGACGAAGCAGUUGGCAGACGCACUCAAGGCCAAUAGAUCGAUCCAAACACUCUUCCUGCACGGUAGCCCCCUCCUGGACGCAGGCUUGGUGUCUCUGAACACGGCGCUGUGCACUCACCCGUCCCUGGUGUCGCUGGACCUGGGAGAUUGCAUGCUGGGAGACGAGGCCGUGCGGCUGAUCUGCGGCAUGCUGCCCCCCGAUGGAGCCAAAUCUGGGCUGCGGGAGUUGACCCUGAGUGCCAACCCGGCCAUCAGCACCAAGGCCUGGGCACGACUGGCCGUCGCAGUGGCCCACAGCUCCCAGCUCCGCGUCCUCAACCUCGACUACAACCCGCUGGGCGACCAGAUCGCAGGCAUGCUGGCGGUUGCUGUGGCGUCCAGUAGAACUCUGGAAGUCCUGGAUUUGGAAGGGACCGGACUUACCAACCAGUCAGCGCAGAUCUUCCUGGACAUGGUGGAGAACUACCCGACGUGUCUGCGCGUGCUGGUGCUGGCGGAGAACGCCAUCAGCCCGGAGCUUCAGCAGCAGAUCUCCGACCUGCUCUCAGAGGGGGAGGGGGAGGAGGAGGAGGACAAGGAGGCGGAGGCGUGUGCAGACGCUCCCCACGCUCCCCUGGAGAAGAGCGCCUGGAUCCCCCACAGCAAUGUCCACCUGCUGUCUCUGGCUGUAACCUCUCCAGGCUCGUCCGGCCGGCAUGUGGUCCUGCUCACCUCAGGCCUGGGGGACAGCCUAUUGGCUGAGACAGAGAUGUGACCCGGGUCGUCGUCACGGUAGCACCCUGAGUGACGUCACCCGUCCACUGCAUGAAACGUAGCGCUGGUGCCCUGGCUGCAGAGGCCGCCGGUUGCCGUAGCGAUGCUGGCACUGUCAUCCUCAGACACCAAGUGACUUAUUAGAACACUCUAAAAGUGAAUUAUUUAUUUUCCAUAUCUACGAGUUUAUUUAUAAUAUAUUAAGUAUUUAAACAUGUAAGCAAUGAUGGUGUGCUAUGAUAGAUUGGCUUCAUAGGAAUGUACUGGUGGCCUGAUAGUACUUAAAUAAAUCUGUUUACAUCUUUCUAAA